GAUGAAUUCACUACUUGAAUCGAUCGGCGUGUGGUAGGGCGACGGACACGUGAGCGGACGGGUGCACGCGUCUUGCUCCUCGCAACGUGACUGCCGCGACCAUGUGACCAGGCUGGACCAAUCGAGACGGGCGCGACGUCAGCGGAGCGCGGGUCACGUUGCCUGCGGUGUGGGCCUCAGCAAGGCACAGGCGAGACGAACUGGUCGGCCGAAGCGCACGGAACCUAACUUGAGGCGUCGGAAUCAAAGAAAUUUAUAUUAUUGGGCGGCCGAAGGAUUUGGCAGAAGACAAAAAAAAAUGACUAGCACCGCCGAAGGAUGAGCGAAGCGAGCAGAGUGUCCCCGCAGGCAGACAAGCACACGGUGCAUUGGUUCCGCAAGGGACUGCGUCUGCACGACAACCCCAGCCUCCUCGAAGGCCUCAAAGGGGCCACGACCUUCAGGUGCGUCUUCAUCCUCGACCCCUGGUUCGCAGGCUCGUCCAACGUCGGCAUCAACAAGUGGAGGUUUCUGCUGCAAUGCCUCGAGGACCUGGAUCGCAGCUUGCGCAAACUGAACUCGCGGCUCUUUGUCAUUCGAGGACAACCUGCUGACGCCUUGCCAAAACUUUUCAAGGAAUGGGGCACAACAUGUUUGACCUUCGAGGAGGACCCCGAGCCGUUUGGCCGCGUCAGGGACCAAAACAUCAUGACCCUGUGCAAGGAGCUUGGACUCACCGUCAACUCACGCACAUCGCACACCCUGUACGACUUGGAAAAGAUUUUGGAGAAGAACGGCGGCAAACCUCCACUGACGUACCACCAGUUUCAGAACGUGGUGGCCUCCAUGGACGCGCCACCGCAGCCCGAACCAAUGGUCACUUUGGAGAAUCUGCGCGGUUGCUGGACGCCCCUCACAGAAGAGCAUGACGACAAGUACGGCGUGCCUUCGUUGGAGGAAUUAGGUUUUGACACAGAAGGAUUGCUGCCCCCCGUGUGGAGAGGCGGUGAGUCGGAAGCACUAGCUCGACUUGAGCGCCAUUUGGAGCGCAAGGCGUGGGUGGCCUCUUUUGGCAGGCCAAAAAUGACCCCGCAGUCCCUACUGGCAAGCCAAACGGGCUUGAGCCCUUACCUGAGGUUUGGCUGCCUCUCUACAAGACUUUUCUACUAUCAGCUAACGGAUCUCUAUAAAAAGAUCAAAAAGGCUGCUCCCCCACUGUCCUUGCAUGGGCAGCUGUUGUGGCGCGAGUUUUUCUACUGCGCCGCCACAAAGAACCCUAACUUUGAUAAAAUGGCUGGAAAUCCUAUUUGCGUGCAGAUCCCGUGGGAUAAAAACCCAGAGGCCCUGGCCAAGUGGGCAAAUGGCCAAACGGGAUUUCCCUGGAUCGACGCCAUCAUGACGCAGCUGAGGGAGGAGGGCUGGAUUCACCACCUCGCUCGGCACGCAGUCGCCUGCUUCUUGACUAGAGGUGAUCUUUGGAUUUCCUGGGAGGAAGGAAUGAAGGUUUUUGAGGAGCUUCUGCUUGAUGCUGACUGGUCUGUGAAUGGGGGCAUGUGGAUGUGGCUUUCCUGCUCCUCAUUUUUCCAACAGUUUUUCCAUUGUUACUGCCCUGUGCGAUUUGGCCGCAAGGCAGACCCUAAUGGAGAUUACAUAAGGAGGUAUUUGCCAGUUUUGAAGAACUUUCCAACAAAAUACAUUCACGAGCCGUGGAACGCUCCGGAAGCUGUACAACGUGCGGCAAAAUGCAUUAUUGGAAAGGACUACGCAGUGCCUAUGGUGAAUCACGCAGUGGCCUCCAGGAUCAAUAUGGAAAGGAUGAAGCAGGUCUAUCAGCAACUGUCGAAAUACAGAGGAGCAGGUCUUUUGGCAACUGUACCGUCGUCACAAAACGGCGUGAUUCCAACUGAUCCUCACAAUAACGUCACCACUGUUACCGUCGCCCAAAACAACCUUUCGCCAAACUCUAACCUGAAGGCGUCACUGACGUCACAGAAGGAAAAAAACCGACACCGGAGCAAGUCUCCAAACGGGCCUAUGUUGCCUCCUGCAGCACCGACACCAAACAACCAGAGCAACCAGCAAAUCACCGACUGCAACAAUUACCAGAAAAGUGGCAUCUAGCUAAAAAAAACUCUGACUUUUAAUUUGAUUUGGUGACGAUUAACGGACGCAAGAAUAUUUCUUUUUGAUAUAGCUUUAUAUGCUAUCAUCAUUUAAAAAAUGAUGACUUUUUGCCUUUAAAAAGUUUUACCAAAGUGGAUAAAUAAUUUUGAAUAAAAUAACUAAUCUUCCAAUAUUAGCCACAACAAAAAAAUGCUUUUGAAUGUGGCGUUUACAUAAUUUCCUGGCGCCUUGCUUUGAGUUCUCAAAGGAAAUAUAGUCUUUUGUAAAAAAAAUUGUCAGUAAAAGAAGGGAUCAUAAGAAUAAUAUUUUUUGAGAUCAAUGUAAAUAUAUUAAACCAAUAUUAAUAAUAUGAUGUCCUUUUCUGUGAAGUAAAAACAUAAAAAUGAAAUAAAAACUAA